GUCUAGAAAUGUCUACUCGCCGCUAGAUGUCGGGCGGAGUAUAUAAACAUGGGAGCGAGAAUUUCAAGGCAAUCGAGUUGAAUACAAGCAAACAAAGCGCAUCGCAAUAUAUACGAGACGAUUUCGUGGGCUUCGGACAUUGAAGUGAAGUGAUAUAACGUGCGUGAUUUAAAAAUAUUUUUAAAAAAGUCAUAUUAAAAUCUGCAAUGAAGUCUGUCAGUUUAUCUUACGUUUUCGCUGCCCUUUUUUUCCUGGGCAUCGGAGACCGAUCCGCAUUCGCUGAAGAAAAAUGUGCUGAAAAACCUGGGAGCAAGUUGCUGGACCAAACCUUCGGGAUGCCGCUGACUCCGAACGACAUCAUCACAUCCAUGAUGUCACCGUUCCUGUCGCCGUUUGCAGUGCACGAUUACUUCCGACCCUGGAGACAAUUGGCAUCGCUGUCAAAAGAUCUCGGAUCCACAAUUAAGACUGACAAAGAUAAGUUUCAAAUCAAUUUGGAUGUACAACACUUUUCGCCUGAUGAGAUCUCAGUGAAGACAUCUGAUGGUUACGUGGUGAUCGAAGCGAAGCAUGAAGAGAAACAGGACGAACACGGCUUCGUGUCCAGACAGUUUGUGAGGAAGUACGCUUUGCCAGAAGGGGCAGAGUCGGAGAAUGUUGUUUCUGAGUUAUCCAGCGAUGGUAUUCUGACGGUCACGGCGCCAAGGAAAGAGGUUGAUGGCAAAGGAGAGAGAGUGGUUCCCAUCACGAAGACUGGUCCGGUGCGGCAGGAACCGAAGAAGGACAAGGAAGAACAGGGAUCUUGUCAGGCGCCAGGACAAACUUGUAACUGAACAAUUUAAACGUAGAAAUUUUUAAUUCUGGUCUGUGAUUUUUGGGAUAAAAAUACAGUGCAUAUAAGUUCUUUAUAUUGUACUAAAUAGAAAUGGUCACUUCCUAGUUUCCUCUUUUUUAAAUAAGACUGAAUAAACCUUUUUUUUU